GGUUUAAUUCAUCGGUUGACGUUGUUGUUGUAAGUGGAGGAGAAAUUACUUUGUCGGUGGUGGUCCAGUUUGGGAUUUUACACGGAGUUCCACCACUGAAGAUGAUAAAAAGUUAGGAAUUGUUUGUCUUGGAAACGUGUAUGGUACUCACGAGUUGGUAUUAGCUAGAAAACUAAAUGGGACGAUGAAAACAACUGCGAGGCCGUUGAAGGUGUGGCAGGUAGAGUAGCAGAAGGUAGAGGACCGCUUCUCCCUCACCCCUGCCCUUGCCUUAAGUCUGCGUUUUAAUUUAUUUUUCUGCCCGGAUACAACCCGCAACCUGGUGAAUUCAUGAUCACAUGACCGUGGAUAUGGACGCAGUCCUGUCCGACUUUGUCCGUUCCACUGGAGCUGAACCAGGAUUGGCCAGAGAUCUGCUAGAGGGCAAGAACUGGGAUUUCACUGCUGCCCUCAGUGACUUUGAGCAGCUAAGACAGGUGCAUGCUGGGAACCUAACGUAUUCAAUCGCAGAGGACAGGUCUUAUCUGCCACCCGAAAAGGAUAUGGCCAGGGUAGGGCGGCCUAUACUCCACCGCCAAGAUGAUGUGGUGCAAGCAGCUACAGAAAAGCGUCUGUCGAGGGGCAUUUCCCACGCCAGUUCAACCAUCGUGUCACUGGCCCGCUCUCAUGUCUCAAGCACUGGAGGUAGCAGUAGUGAACCACUUCUGGACACGCCCCUGUGCACUUUCCAACUGCCAGACCUCACCGUGUAUCGGGAUGACUUCCGUGGCUUCAUUGAGAGGGACCUUAUUGAGCAGUCAAUGAUGGUGGCCUUGGAGCAUGCAGGGCGACUGAACUGGUGGACGAAAGUGGUUUCAAACUGUCAGAAUCUGCUGCCUCUUGCAACAAGCGGAGACGGAAAUUGCCUGUUACAUGCCGCUUCGCUUGGUAUGUGGGGUUUUCAUGACCGGGACCUGAUGCUACGGAAAUCCCUAUAUGCGCUGAUGGAUCACGGGUUGGAGAGAGAGGCAUUGAAGCGCAGAUGGAGGUGGCAGCAGACCCAGCAGAACAAAGAGUCUGGUCUGGUGUACACGGAGGAGGAGUGGCAGAAAGAGUGGAAUGAACUGCUAAAGCUCGCCUCCAGUGAGCCAAGAAUACACUACAGCACCAACGGCACCAACGGGGCGGAGUCCUCAGAUGAACCAGUGUACGAGAGUUUAGAGGAGUUUCACGUCUUUGUCUUGGCCCACGUCCUCAGAAGACCCAUUGUGGUGGUGGCUGACACCAUGCUGAGGGACUCAGGAGGAGAGGCCUUUGCUCCCAUCCCGUUCGGAGGCAUCUACCUACCACUGGAAGUGCCAGCUGCCAAGUGCCAUCGCUCUCCCCUGGUCCUGGCAUACGACCAGGCGCACUUUUCUGCCCUGGUCUCCAUGGAACAGAGGGACAGCUCCAAAGAGCAAGCAGUUGUGAUCCCUCUCACUGACUCUGAGCACAAAAUGCUGCCGCUGCACUUUGCUGUGGACCCUGGGAAAGAUUGGGAGUGGGGCAAGGAUGACACAGACAACGUGAUGCUGGCAAGUGUGGCUCUAUCUUUGGAGGCCAAGCUCCAGAUGUUACACAGCUACAUGACAGUCACCUGGCUGCCCCUGCCCUGUGAGCAAGCCCCUCUGGCCCAGCCUGAGUCUCCCACCGCAUCAGCAGGAGAGGAUGCCCGAACGCCUCCUGACUCAGGAGAGUCAGAUAAGGAGUCAGUCAGCAGCAGCUCCAAUGGCAAUGGAGAAACAACAACAGGAUCAACUGUCAAUGGAGGAGGAUCCUUGGCCAAGAACAGCUCUUCUUCCUCAUCUAGUUCCUCCAGCAGUGGCUCGGCGGGGGCGGGGACAGGAACAGCAGGGAAGGACAAAACCAAGAAGGAGAAGGACAAGGAUAAAGACAAGAAGAGGGCAGACUCUGUGGCCAAUAAGCUUGGCAGUUUUGGCAAAAGCCUGGGCAGCAAGCUAAAAAAGAACGUGGGCGGACUAAUGACAGGAAAGAAUGCUGGAGCUGGAGGUGCCAAGCAGGAGGCUGUGGAGAAGAAGAAGGGCUCAUUUAGGGGGAGGAAGGGCAGCAAGGAUAGCUCGCCUUCAGCCCACGCCUCAGAGGAUUCUGGGAAAGGCUCCCCCUCCUCAGGUAGUGAGCGUGUCAAUGGAACAGGGAGCAGUAUGAGCAGCAGUGGUGGGAGCAGUACGGAGAGCGAUAACUACAAGUACAGUGCUGAUGUAAAGGUGAGCCUUGGCAUCAUGCGAGCUGCCAUGCAAGGUGAGAGGAAAUUAAUCUUUGCCAGCCUUUUGACUACCAGCAACCGGCAGCCUUUCCAGGAGGAGAUGAUCCAGCGGUACCUUGCUGAUGCAGAGGAGCGCUUUCGGGCCGAGCAAGAACAACAGCGACGUGAUGCAGAGAGGAAGGGCGUCACCAACGGCAUCCAGCCACCUAAGAAAGAUACAGUUGGCAAUACAGAGCUAACCUACCGGCCUUAUGAGGCCAAAGAGGAGCUGUCGGAGAACUUGUCACCUUCCUUUAACCAACUCAAGCCCUCUCUUUUGAGCCACUCUAUAUACCCUGGUGUUCUGCCCAUCCCCCGACCCUCCUUUAUAGACCAGACUCCUGCUUCGGCACCCCUUACUCAGCACCUUCAUAUGCACGGAUUCAUGGAUACUCGGCGCCAGCUAGCUGGUGGCUCCCCGGCGACCUCCUACCCCGGCCUGCCAUCUUAUGCCACCCUUCCCCGGCACUGCCCCACAACGCAGGGUCCCUCCCAACCCCAGUACAAUAACUUGCAAGGCCCCACCUCCCUGAGUCCCUCUCGCCUCACGCCCUCGUACCGCCCUGAGUUUGACCCACCAGACUACCCUGGGUCUGAACCCAAUGGUGGGAGUUACACCAACGGCUUCCGGGACAUGCGCUCCAACUUAGACUCUAGGAGUGGGCAACCCCCGGUCAGACACUACUCACUGGGCAGUGCCGGUGGUUUGGCCAGCUUGCAGUCCACCCGCUGUCGGACACCUACCUGCACCUACUAUGGACACCCCGAAACAGGCAACUACUGCUCCUACUGCUACCGGGAAGAGCUGAAGAAGAGAGAGCCAGAACCAGCCAUCCACAGGUUCUGAAUAAACUUUUGCUAUGGCUUGAAUUCGAUGAGUGGCCUUUUUCAGUUAAAAAUAUAACGCCUGGGGUGGAUCAGCCUCUGAAUGGACAAGAGAAAGGCACAACCAACUCCCUCCCUUUUUUAGCUAUGUCACUUCCUGAUGGAAUAGACAACCUCAGAUAGUGGCAGAGAGUCAACACUGUGACUCCCCGAUCUGUCCCGGAAACCUGAUUUGUUCUAAGCAUGUGUGAAGAUGGUUGAGGUUAGGCAUUGACUUUGAAUGGGUAGGGUCAGGAUUUGAAUUUGUUUAUUUUGCACAAUAAAAACAAAACAGUUACACAAGGAAAUACAGUAAUAUAAAGUAAAGAUUGUAACCUAAUAAAGAAGAAAAGAGUAUAUAACAAAAAGCGUCCUUAACAAAGAAGUUGAACCUAUGUAAGCAUUACAUAAACAACAAAGGCAUAAAAUAAAUUACAAGAAUAUAGAUAAAAUGAAUAGCCCAUUUGUCAGGGGAUAGGACCUGAACAUCUGGUUUUCCAGUAUGUAUCACGUAGUAACAGACACAACUACAGAAUAAGCAGGAUGGUUUCUGGCUGCUGGGGUUGCAUGUUAGACCAUACAAUACACUAACUGCACUUAUGUUACAUUUUGGUGUGUGUGUGUGUGUGUGUGUGUGUGUGUGUGUGUGUGUGUGUGUGUGUGUUUUUUGCAGGCUCUCCUUUAUCAGUUGUACACCUUGCUACUGUCUCCUCCUAGUGGAGAGAAUGUAUAUGGCAAGCGCCACACAUAACCUUCAUAAACACGUAUAUACAGUAAGUUAGAUUCACGCUACUACAUACGCAGACAUGCGAGCACAAACAGAAAAAGCACGAGUGUCUCCACUACAUUUGUGGUCUGUGAUAUAUUUGGAUUGGUUAAUUAAGGGAUGUUUGAGCAUUUUGAAGUCCCAUCCGGUUAGGGUGACUUCAGUGUUAAAUAGAUUUUACACUACAGCUACUCGAUGCUUGCGUCAUAUGUACCUCAAAACAGCAGAAUGAAUCCUUGCCUGUCACCAUUUGCAUAAUGCAAAUUCGAAACUACUGUGCAAUGCUGAAUGAUCAGGCGUUCUUUAGGCUGCUGUGGUGCUAAUGCUCCAGAAUGCAAACACAUAAAUAUUCAUGCAUUAAAGACAACUGCGCUGUUAUGCUUUUGGCAAAACACAAUUGAUACAUUUUGUAAAUUGGAUUAUAAAGAUCUCAACAAUUUAAAGAUUAAAUGCAAUUGGCCAGAUUGUUAACUACGCAUUGUUGAACACAGGUGACAUAGCAACAUGGCAUUACAAUAAGAUACGGUUCCCAGAGUCUGAUCCAGAGUAUUAAAUAUGUUUGUUGUAACAUUUCUGUUUAAUGGUUGGGCUUCCUCUUCCUGUAACAAUGUUUGGUGUUGAGGCAUUUGAUUUUUGUGGCCAAGACAGGCAUGCAAUACUUCACACUACAAAGUCAAAAUGUCACAUCCAGCACAACAGCUAUUGGAGACGCCCGUCACAUGCGUAACAUUCUGUAAAAUUAAAUUAUUAAAAUGUGACUAAACACAUUUUGGGAUUUCAGAGAAGUGAAGUUAAUAAAUCAUUUGUUAUUAAACAAAUGACAGACUUGCUCUAAAUCAGUGGGGAUGUUUGCAGUUGUGACAAUUGUCUCCAAUUACUGUGCGCAUGAUGGAAAUGUUGAUUACCCAAUAGCAUCCACAUUGUGUAGAAAAGAUUCUAGGCACAAAUGAUGAUUCUGAAACUCUUGUUUUGAAAUGACAAACCCUCUGUGCUCUGGUGGUUUAGAAAUGUGAAGGAAAAAGAGAUGUUUCAUACAAUCUCAUUAUCACAAAAAAGUCAUCCAUUCAUGUCGUCUUCAGUAAUAGGACAUCUUAAUGCUAAUUGGUUUGGUUGCCCACUGCAAAUUCUGAAGUUCUACUGAAGGCAGUUUCUUUUUUCUGGCAUUCGUCCCGCCAAAUCCAGUUGCGUAUUCUCUUGUUGCACAAAUUCAAGCACUUUCCUGAUGUCCGUAGAUACAAAGUUUUUACUGUUUUUGAAGUGGCCUGACUGUUGUCCUUUGUUCAUCUCUGCAGACACUGCCACCUCUGUUCAUGGGGAAUCAGGGGCACAGGCUAGAAGGGUUUCUCUAAAGGAUUCAGUUACUGUAGAGCUAAAGCAUUUUGGUGCCGGCGUCACCAUCUAACUCAGUUUCCUAGUUGCCUUUUUCAGCAUUUGUCCUCGUGGCAUCACAAUCCUGUCUGUACAUUGUGCAAGACGAACAUCAAGUAUCCACUGCUUGCUUUGCCUGCAGUCUCUACUACUACUGUCCCAAAAUUUAACAAAUUAUUAUUAUUUUUUAAAUUGUGUUGAAGCUAUUGAGAUAAUGAUUCUUUUCAGUUGUGCAUAUUGACUAGUUGAUACCGGCUGAUGUUGAGUCUUCCUUAUAAUAAUAAAUCAAAUUUAAAGCUGUUUUAGUUGUACUAAUGUCAAAAAGGCUACUUAAAUAUUUGUGAUUAUUUCUCCUAUAAUAAGCCAUGGUGAGGAAUUUCUUUUGAGGUAGUUUGACUCUUGUUGAUUGAUUGAAUCUGUUCUUUGGCAUUAAGUCUAGAAAAGCACAACUUAGUAUGCAAUUCACUGCCUUGCCCAGUUGAGGGCACUCUUGUUUUGUUUUUGUUUUUAACUCGGUUUGGAGCGACCUACAUUCAAACUGCAAACAGAAAUAACCAAAAUAUUGGGGAGUAAUUUUCAGUAGUGCUUAUUCAACACUAUGUAACACUAUAACAAUAUUUUCUAUGUUGCUAAUGCUGGUCAAUGAACAUGGGAGUUUAUUUGCUGCUUUUAAAGUAACACUAGAUUUGAAUGACAAGAAAACACUUAAAUCAUGCUAUUUCCCAAAAAGAAACGUGCAUUUGCUGUGUUUAUGUGUGUGUCCAUGCACUGGCAUUUUGAUUCAGACAAUACUCAUCAAGUGUUCCCUUACUGUGGAAAGAUUAUGCCUGUUU